UGAACCCUCUCUCUCUCUCUGAUUGGACCGUUUGAACCCUCUCUCUCUCUCUCUGACUGGACCGUUUGAACCCUCUCAGCGCUGCUGUGUGUUCAUGUUGUGUUGCUCAUGCCUGGCUUAUUAACAGCACUAUGAUUGGCUCUCCUGACCUGGUGGCGUUCAGUAAAGAGGAUGAGUAUGGACACACUAAUCCAGACCCCUGGGCGGUCCCUGAGGAGUUUUCUGUCCCGCUCCAUCCCUUGGUCGACCUUAACCCCUGGGCUAAAACCUCGUACGCCAAAUUCACCAAAGACUUCAUCCUGAUCUCUGAGUUCUCGGAGCAGGUGGGUCCUCAGCCCCUCCUCACCAUCCCUGAUGACCCUAAAGUCUGUGGCUCCUUCGACCUGAACUACUUCUCCCUGCGCAUCAUGUCUGUGGACUACCAGGCCUCCUUUGUGGGUCACCCGCCCGGCAGUGGAUACCCGAGGCUCAGCUUCGUGGAGGACUCGAGGGUGGUCCUGGGGGACUCAAAGGAGGGGGCCUUUGCAUAUGUGCACCACCUGACUCUGUAUGACCUGGAGGCGAGGGGCUUUGUCCGUCCAUUCUGUAUGGCCUACGUGUCAGCAGAUGAGAGGAAGAUCAUGCUGCAGUUUGAGGAGCUUUCUCUCCGAUUCUCUCAGGCGUCCGAGUGUCUGAAGGCGGGAAACAGGAGGGCCUUCGCCAAAGAGCUGCAGAGGAAGCUGAGGGACCUCGAGUACACUCACUCUGUGCUGCAGAAGGAGGAGGGGCUACAGAGGGAGGCGAGGCCUCAGACCGUGUACUCCGCCCAUGCUGUUGAGAAGGCCAAUGAACUGGCUAACGUAGAAAAGAGCAUCUACGAACACCGCGACCUGCUGAGACAGAUCAGCUCGUACCAUCAGCGUCCACGCCGUGACCCGAACGCCGUCACCUGUCAGACGUGUCUCAAUGAGUGUUUGAGUGAGUGUGAACAGCUGUUGGACAAAUUCGCCAAAAUUGCAUCCCCCUUCACUCACAGCGAUAGGGAGGACAGCGGGGAGGAUGGGCGGAGUCAACUUCAUGGUGAAGAGGAGGUGGAUGGGGAGGAAGAGGAGGGCGUGAGACGGCGCCCGUCGUACACGCCACAGCUGAUCAAAGCCAAGUCUGCCAAGUGUUUCGACAAACGCCUGAAGACCCUGCAGGAACUGUGUGACGACGUGUUUUACGAGGCCACGGUGGGACUCCUGAAGGACACCGAGAGGAGCUUCAGGGGCGAUCUGUGCUACCUACACACACGCCGCCUGGACCGGGCACUACGCAGGAAACAGCAAGUUACCAACUUCCUGUUUGAGGAGGACCUUGGUGAAGACGAGGAGAGCGAGUUUGGAGCUCUGAGACCGGUUUGUGCCGUGAACCACGUCAGAGCAAACUGUACGAUCCUAAAUCCACCUCCUGUAGUCCUCCAAUUAGAUCCUCCUGAGCCGGACUCCGACACGAUCCAGACUCAACAGAGCGUGUGCCAUCUGGACUCUGCCGACUCAGACCACACUGUAGAGACCCAGGAGACUACAGAAAGAUACAGGAGGGGUCAGAGUGGGGCAGGGCCAGUUGACAGGAAGCAGGAUCAGGGUGGGACAACUUCAGAGACCCCUGACCAUGACCUGACCCCUGAUCCUGAUCUGACCCCUGACCUGGAGAGAGAGAGCAGUAGUGAGGACCUGGAGACCACAGCAGGGGAGGACGAGGGAGACAGUGGAGGAGACCAGACCCCAGUGUCCCUGCUGGAGGUGGAGUCUGAGUUAAUGACCUGCAGAGAGGACGAGUCUGAGGGACGCCCUGAUGGGACUUUUGACAUGGACUCGGACUUGUUGAUUCCUAUAGACACAACAUGCUGUUUGUCCCAAGAGGGCUUCCUUUAUGAUGAUUCUACCCCUCUGGUACCACCCUUUCUGGACCAAAGCUCUGACCCCCAGUCCUGUGAAACCCUGGUGGUCAAACAGGAACCCCAGGCCCUCCUUCCACUCCAGGACCAGUACUUGGUCGGUUCCCCGGGCUCAGGAUGUCCUGCAGCAGGACUGGAUCUCCCUGUCCUUGCUUUUGGAGAUUCAGAUUCUCGGACCUCAGUGGAAGAGGGGUCGGACUGUACCUUGAGUGCUUCUACAGGUUCUGAGCGGGCCCCCUCCCCCCUCGGGUACGGGGGCAUGGUGAUGCUGCGUCAGAGGAAGAAGGCGGGGCAGGGAGCCCUGAGGUUUGUGCGACAGUACCCGUUUGCCGUGCAGGCUUUGUGGUGUCUGCUGAGCGGAAGGACUCUGGUGGUUCUUGGGACGGAUGAAGGGAGAGUCCGUAGACUGGUCUCAGCUCUGGCUCUGUUUGUACCUGGUCGAGGCAAAUGUGCAGAGAAGGUUCAGUCGUGGUUGUCCGUCCCCUUCACCCUGACCGACCUGCAGAGGUGGAAACUCAUUGGACUGCAAAGAAUGGCGUCUCCGGUGGGUUCAAGCAUGCUCUAUUCGCUGUCUCGCUACAGCCGCUACAUCUCCAUCCUGGACGCCGACCAGAAGACUUUACGCUGUCCGCCAUAUUGUGGCCAACUCCUCACCAACAUGGCCACCCACCGCACCUACAUCCGACGGGGCUCCACUUACUUCCUUCACCUACAGAGCACGCUCUGUCGCCUGGCAGCCAAGGCCUUCCUGUUUACCUUCACCCACCACCUUCACCUUCCUGUCAGCUCCACGGAGACGCCCGAGGUGGUGGAGGGCCGCCGCCACUGCUUCCUGCAGGAGCAGCUGGGACUGGGCGAAGACGACAGCCUGAUACUGCUCUACCUCAGCCAGCUCAUCACGCAGCAGUACCUUCAGCCCACCACCGGGGGCAGUGCAGCAUCAACCUGCUUUAGUUUGAAAUACACCACCAGCGUUUUAUACAAAAUCUGAUGUGUUACACAUUUAGAGAAAAACCACAAACCUUUGAUUUUUAACGGACACAAUGUGACUUUAAGGAGGUCAUUUUAGAUGAGAAUGUUUUAUUAUUUCUGCCCCGCUGUCUUCUUCUCUGGUCUCGUUUCAGCCUCGCUGUGCAGACAAAAACAGACGAGUGAAGUGUGAACGUCAGUCAGUGGUUAACUUCCUGUGCAUUCGUCGACACACACACACUAACAGAGGAGCUGAUUCAUGUGUGUUGCAGCAUCACUGACGUCUCUCUCACACCAACACGUGUCUGAAGAUUUUCCUUUUUUGAACUUGUCUUUGACACGCUCAGUUUUCUCUGUGUUGAAUGAACUGACGAGAUAAAGUCAACGUCCGGUUGCGAUGCAUGAAAAAGGUUGAAGUCGGUCCAGAGAAACCGGGUCAGCAGCCUCCUGUCAUGUUUCUCCUGCUGAGAGCUUGGAAGAGGAUGGAACUGACGACGUUUGAAAAGCUAUUUAACCUUUAAUGUAAUAAAUAUCACCUCUGUGUUUCAGGGUGAGAGUGAUGUCGUGUUCGCAUGAGACCGUGACGUGUCCGCUUGAUCACAGUCUGCUAUAUCGUCUUGUUGUCUCUGCAGAGAUGUUGCUGAGGUUGUCUUGUUGUCUCUGCAGAGAUGUUGCUGAGGUUGUUUAGAUUUUACUAUUUUUUAAAAAGUACUUCCUGUGCCAUCAAAGCAGAUUGCUAAACUUGAAAAGUUGCCUUUAAUUUAUUUAUUUGUCAACAAUCCGUAUUGAAUGUGUGUGAUGAACAAAAUGGGGGUCGGGGGUUGUUGUGUCCCUACCCUAACUUUUUAUUUUAAGAUUUAACUAAAAACAUCCUCCUGAUGUUUUUGUUUUUACUUCAGUUAGAUUUUUUUUACGUCAUGUUGUUUUUGUACUUUUUAAACUUAUUUUUAAAUAUGAUAACUUUCUGAUGCCAUUGUUAUCCCCUUUUCAUGUACAAAUAAGAAUGUAAUCUGAAGAAGCCAUACCAUGAUAACAUUAGUGCUAACAUGUUAUACCACAGUUUGCUAA